CACCCCGCUGGGCCAGGGCAGGGUGAACCAGCUCGGAGGGGUUUUUAUCAACGGGCGUCCUCUUCCCAACCACAUCCGUCACAAAAUCGUGGAGAUGGCUCACCACGGGAUCCGGCCCUGCGUGAUCUCCCGGCAGCUCCGGGUCUCCCACGGCUGCGUUUCCAAAAUCCUCUGCCGCUACCAAGAGACGGGAUCCAUCCGGCCCGGCGCCAUCGGAGGCAGCAAACCCAGGCAGGUCGCGACUCCCGACGUGGAGAAGAAAAUCGAGGAAUACAAGCGGGAGAAUCCCGGGAUGUUCAGCUGGGAAAUCCGGGACCGGCUGCUCAAGGACGGGCACUGCGACCGCAGCACGGUGCCCUCAGUGAGUUCGAUUAGCCGCGUGCUCCGCAUCAAAUUCGGCAAGAAGGAGGAGGACGAGGACUGCGACAAGAAGGAGGAGGACGGCGACAAGAAAGCCAAGCACAGCAUCGACGGCAUCCUGGGCGACAAAGGGAACCGCCUGGACGAGGGCUCGGACGUGGAGUCGGAGCCGGACCUGCCGCUGAAGCGGAAGCAGCGCCGGAGCCGCACCACGUUCACGGCGGAGCAACUGGAGGAGCUGGAGAAGGCCUUCGAGAGGACCCACUACCCCGACAUCUACACCCGCGAGGAGCUGGCCCAGCGCACCAAGCUCACCGAGGCCCGCGUGCAGGUGUGGUUCAGCAACCGGCGGGCUCGCUGGCGCAAGCAGGCCGGAGCCAACCAGCUGGCGGCCUUCAACCACCUGCUGCCGGGGGGCUUCCCGCCCACGGGCAUGCCGGCACUGCCCCCAUACCAGCUGCCCGACUCCUCCUACCCCACCACCACCAUCUCCCAAGACGGCGGCAGCACCGUGCACCGGCCGCAGCCGCUGCCGCCCUCCACCAUGCACCAGGGCGGCCUGGCCGCCGCCGCCGACUCCGGCUCGGCCUACGGCGCCCGGCACAGCUUCUCCAGCUACUCCGAGAGCUUCAUGAACGCCGCAGCCCCCGCCAACCACAUGAACCCCGUCAGCAACGGCCUCUCCCCGCAGAAGCAGGGUGCCCAAAACAAGAUGCAGUGCUCCCGCUGGAACCUCACCAUAGCCCUGAACAAUCAGGUGAUGAGCAUCCUGAGCAACCCCAGCGGGGUCCCACCGCAGCCACAGGCCGAUUUCUCCAUCUCUCCCCUCCACGGCGGCCUGGACAGCACCAACUCCAUCUCGGCCAGCUGCAGCCAGCGCAGCGACUCCAUCAAAUCCGUGGAGAGCCUGCCGACCUCGCAGUCCUACUGUCCCCCCACCUACAGCACCACCAGCUACAGCGUGGACCCCGUGGCCGGCUACCAGUACGGCCAGUACGGCCAGAGUAAGUGCUGGGAGGAAUUCCCCCUUCCCAGGGAAUGCCAGGAGCGAGGGAGGGAAUGGGGGAUCGGAUGCACCCAUUUAUGGCUCCGAAUUCUGUCUGUCUGUCUGUCUGCUGGGAGUUUGUCCAGCUGGAGGUGAAGAGGGGAUGUGCUGUGGAUGCUCGGCUCGCAGCCGGAUCUGAAAGUGGCAGUGAAAGGUUUUAGGUGGAUGUUUUUCUGUCGGCAAAGGGAGAUUCCCAACCCCUUCCAGCUCCCCAGUUCUCUCUUCUCCAGGAAUGCCAGGACUGGCUCACCCUGCUCAGCCGGGGGAAAGCUGGGAUUUGUA